CUCCCUCCGCCGCGCCGUCCACGACACCAUUCGUAGUAACACCUCUGGUUUCAAUCAUCCGAGGGAGGAAAGAUCCCUCCUAGUUCUGAUCUCCAACCAAAAAGCCCUAAAAGAUCUUUAGAUUCCGUCAUUAAAAUUCCUUCCCUAUUGAAUUCUCGAAUCGAAUCCACAAUCCCGAGAUUUUCUCCUCUGCAAAAAACCGUCCAGGAUUCGACCCCAAGCAUCGAAUUCGUGAGCCGAGCGGGAGAUCCCGGGGAAUGGACUCCCUGGAGACAUAGAGCAUCGGAUUCGCGCUUUGUUGUGGUGAGGUUUGGUAUUUUGGGGCGCAGGUGCUGGGAGGGCCAUGGCGGUGCACUUGGGGUCGGUGCUGAUCAAACUUGGGGUCCUCUCGGAGUCUGAUCACAUGUCGGUGGCGUCGAUCAAUCUCUUCGUGGCGCUGCUGUGCGCGUGUAUAGUGAUCGGCCACUUGCUGGAAGAGAAUCGGUGGAUGAACGAGUCCAUCACUGCCCUUCUUAUCGGGCUGGGCACUGGAGUGAUUAUUCUUCUAACUACUAAAGGAAAGAGUUCGCAUCUUCUAGUCUUCAGUGAAGAACUCUUCUUCAUAUACUUGCUUCCGCCAAUUAUUUUCAAUGCUGGGUUUCAAGUAAAAAAGAAACGGUUCUUCCGCAACUUCAUGACAAUUAUGCUGUUUGGUGCAGUUGGAACACUGAUCUCCUUUAUUAUUAUUUCACUUGGAGCAAUAGGAAUAAUUAAAAAAAUGGAUAUAGGUGUUCUGGAAAUUGGAGAUUAUCUUGCACUUGGAGCGAUCUUUUCUGCAACAGAUUCUGUUUGCACCUUGCAGGUUCUCAGUCAGGAUGAGACGCCUUUACUUUAUAGCCUGGUUUUUGGCGAAGGUGUUGUAAAUGAUGCCACUUCAAUAGUGCUUUUUAAUGCAAUCCAAAACUUUGAUCUAGGAAAUAUUGAUGCUGUUACUGUUUUGAAGUUUGUUGCAAACUUCUUGUAUCUAUUCUUUACCAGCACCUUUCUUGGAGCAUUUGCUGGAUUGUUUAGUGCUUAUAUCAUCAAAAAGUUGUAUUUUGGCAGACAUUCUACUGAUCGUGAAGUUGCAAUUAUGAUACUUAUGGCUUACCUUUCCUAUAUGCUGGCAGAACUAUUAGAUUUAAGCGGUAUUCUAACAGUGUUCUUCUGUGGAAUAGUAAUGUCGCACUAUACUUGGCAUAAUGUGACAGAAAGUUCCAGAGUUACCACCAAGCAUGCCUUUGCAACAUUGUCUUUUAUUGCAGAGAUUUUUCUCUUUCUUUAUGUUGGCAUGGAUGCAUUAGACAUUGAAAAGUGGAAAGUGGCCAGUAACAGCCCUGGAAAAUCAGUUGCUGUCAGCUCAAUUCUGCUAGGUAUGGUAUUGAUUGGAAGAGCUGCUUUUGUUUUCCCACUAUCUUUUCUUUCCAACUUAAGUAAGAAGUCUCCAAAUGAGAAAAUCACCUUUAAGCAGCAAGUCAUAAUAUGGUGGGCUGGUCUAAUGAGAGGAGCAGUAUCAAUUGCACUUGCAUAUAAUAAGUUUGCUAGGACUGGCCAUACCCAAUUGCGUGGCAAUGCAAUCAUGAUCACCAGUACUAUCACCGUCGUUCUCUUCAACACUGUGGUGUUUGGGUUGAUGACAAAGCCUCUGAUAAGGUUUUUACUGCCUCCAUGCGCAAAUCAUCUCAGCAGGGAUCCCAGCAUGUCAUCCGGGCCUCCAAGUCCUAAAUCUUUCCUCUCCCCAUUGCUUGGAAAUGGACAGGGAGCUGAAUUGGAAACAGGGCAAAAUGUCCAGCGCCCAACAAGCCUGCGUAUGCUUCUCACUGCACCAUCUCGUUCCGUUCACCAUUACUGGCGUAGGUUUGAUGAUGCUUUCAUGCGCCCCGUGUUUGGUGGGCGAGGUUUUGUUCCAUUCGUUGCUGGUUCACCAGCUGAAAGAAGUGUCCACGCAUUGCAAUGAACCAAAAGGACAUGGAACGGAUGGAGAGGGAACCAAAUCGAAGUUCUCCUGGCUAUGCAUGUAGUUGGUGCAUAACGAGAAAAUGCAGUCAAUGGUCAUAGCAGUAUGAACUUUCCGAGGUUCCGGCCUGGCAGGUUGGAGUGCUGUGUUUACCCUGAGUCCUAUACUUUUUUCCCCUUACCCAUUCCUGUAUGUUCUCCGACUAGUGAUGCAGGUCCCUGUGGACUUGCAUGAGGUACAGCAAUUGCAGACUUUGUCAUGGUGCUAUAUAUUUGUAUACUCUUUUUUUUUUUUUUGGUACAUAAUAUAUUUGUAUACUCAAAACUGUGAUUUUUAGGCUGUAAGUUAUGUUCUCGAAUGCAUUAUGAUUCAUGAAAUAGGUGUUGUUCUGCUGUAUCUAUAGUUUUGUUCCAUAAGAUUAUGUAAAGACAUUUAGAUCAUGUAAAGGCUGCCA